ACACAAUUAAUUCACAAUUAAUGUGCCAAAGUGAAUACUAAAUUCGAAUAUUUGCCACGUGCUAAGGAAUCCUUUUUUGUUAUGGAAUUGUGGCCACUGCAGUUGCUGCUGCUGCUUGCGUCGCUGCGUGUGCAUCCUGGCCACACCCAUGACCAUGCCCAUGCCCAUUACAGCGAGGAUGUGGUUUAUCAUCAGCUGCCGCGUUUCUGGACAAGCGUAGGCUUUUGUCCCGCUGGCGAGAUAAAUCAUCAUGGGAUUAGCAGCGCCUUGACGUCGCCUGCAUUGCAGCUGCAGCUGCGACAACUGGCAGCGCUGCCGGUGGGUGCAGUUACUCAUGUGCGCAUACAUUGGUUGCUGGAGCUGGUGCAGUUUCUGGAAUACGAUCAGCAGGGUGUGCCGCGCUAUGACUUUGGACAGUUCGAUAACUUUGUGGAUUUGCUGCAGCAGCUGCAGCUGGCGCCGGUGCUGGAGUUUAUGGCCAAUCCCGGUCAUGUGUUCAGCAACAAUGUGGAGCACAAUGCUUUGCUCUGGGAGCAUUUUGUCAAGAGCAUAAUUAAUCAUCAGCUGGCACGACAUGGAGCAGCACGUUUGGCCAAUUGGCGCUAUGAAACGUGGAAUGAGCCGGAUGUGCACAACUACAAUCGUUUGAAUUUUACGGCGGACAGUUAUCUGGAGUAUGUGCAGGCAGUGCGACGUGGCUUGAGUCAGGGCAGCGUGCGGCGCAAGUCCAGGCGCCAGCAGCAUUAUCGUGAGCUGCGUGGUCCAGCGGGCUUGUUCAAGGCCGAGCAGCGUCAUCCGCUUUGCUGGCGUCUGUUGGAGUUGUGUGAGGCGCAGAUAAGCAAGUGCCCCAUCGAUAUACUUAGCUAUCAUCGCAAGGGUGAAGAUGGCAGCGCGGCUGGUAUAGUGAAUGCUUCCUUGUUGCUGCUGCAGCGCAUUUACGAAGAUUAUCCACAGCUCAAGCAGCUGCCAGUGUCCAAUAGCGAGGCUGACCCUGUUGCCGGUUGGGGCACGCCGCGUGAGUUUCAAUCGGAUGUGCGCUAUGCCGCGGUCUUGCUCAGCAACGUGCUGCUCCACUGGCAGGCCAAGCUGAGUGGCGGCGCCUUAGCACAGCUGGAGUCCAUAAGCCAUGACAAUGCCUUUCUUAGCUAUCAUCCGCAUGAGUUUACACAGCGCACGUUGUUGGCGCACUUUAGCAUGAACAAUACGCAGCCGCCCCAUGCGCAGUUUAUACAGAAGCCCGUCUUUGCUGCACUGGGUCUGCUGGCCAAGCUGGGCACACGUGCUGCCAGACUGGAGCAGAUCAAUAUGGAUAGCAAGCAUAGCGUGCAGGUGCUACGAAGCGUUAGCGGCAAUGCGGGCGCACAAUACAUGGCCACCAUCUUUCUGAGUCCGGAGCAGGCGGGACCACAGCUUACAGAGUUUCAUCACAAGUACACGCUCAACAUGUCCAUAGCCAAUGAGUCGGCAUUUAUUACGGAGCUGCUGGUGCCACAGCAAACAGAUCCCGCCCAUGUGUGGCAGCUUGCUGGGAGUCCGCCGUACCCCAAUGCCACAUUGCGUGAGGCCAUGCGUCGCGCUCAAACGCCGCUGCUCUAUAAAUCCGGACCCAUCUGGCAAUACAACAGCGAGCUGGUUGUCAACUCGGCCAGCUUGCCGCUGCCUUGGGUCAUGCUGCUGCGUGUUUGCGCCGCUAGCUGGCCCAAGCUAAAGCGACCACAGCGUCUGUCCAUUGUGGCAGUCACCAAGCGUGAGGUGUUCAUCAGCUGGAGUGAGCAGCCGCGCUCCACGCAGUGCCUCAAGAGCUAUGAAGUGUGGUUCAAGCAGCACGCCAAUGCCAAUUGGCAGCUAAUCUCUCAAGAUUGGCAUCUACCUUAUACCUCAUUUCAAUAUGCACCCACCCUGCCUGACAGCGUUAAUGGUUUCUAUAAAGUGCGCGGCGUGGAUGUUUUCAAUGAGACAAGCGCCUUCUCCCAAAUAGUGGAAUAUCUGGAGUUAUAAUUGAACAACAGUGCAGCAAACAGCAGUAUAUAUAGUAUGGGUUAUUAAUAUAUCGCAUUGAAUACAUUUACAUAUUUAUAUAAACUGAAACAUAAUCAGGCUUUGCAGGGCCGCACGGCGCGCGCUU